GAAUACAAUCCGACAGUGCCUCACUGUUCAUUGGCGACGCUCAUAGGACUGUGUAUACGGAUUAAAAUCCAGCGAUCAUUGCACCAUCCUGUAAAACUGGAUAUUUAUAUCAAAAAAGGCGCACAUACAACUGAAGAUGAAAUCAACAAACAGAUCAACGACAAGGAGCGUAUUGCGGCCGCAAUGGAGAAUCCUAAUUUAAGGAACCUUGUUGAGAACUGUAUAGCGGACGAAGAAUAGAAGUUUACGAGAAAAGCUUUAGAGUAGUUACCAUGGCACCAGACGCAGCAUUCUCGAACCUCAGUGACAAGAACGAAUUUACUAAAUUCACUAGAUUCCUCGCCUAUAAAGGAGUUCAGGUCAUAGUAGAAUCCAGAAAAGGAGUAAAAAUUGAGCUGAGCAGUAAGCUUCUAACUUCUGACUCUGAUUGGUUCAAUCUCCAAAUACCAGACUCUCCAGAAGUCAACCAAGCUACCAAAAAUGCUCUGCCAUCAGACAGAGUACUGGAAACUAUACGAUCACAGUUGCAUGUUGAAAUAUCAGUGCAAACUGAAGAUGGCGACGAAAUGGUGCUGGAACUGUGGACUUUGGGACUCGAUGAGACACAAUUUGAUACUUCUCUCAAAGCAAUGAACACUGUUUAUUUUCGAAUGGGCAUACUUUUAAAGUCCUUGAUAACUAUCACGAGGAUUACGCCAGCCUAUCAUUUAUCACGAAAACAACGAAUGGAAUCUUUCACUAUAUUCUACAGGGUAUAUAAUGGAGAACCUAAAGUUAAAUCGUUAGGAGAUUCUGUGAAAAACAUCCAAGCUGGAACUCUUAAAACUCCUCUAGGAGGCCUAUGUUUUUCCGUUGCUUACAGAACCAACUUCUCAAUUUCACCUAAUCGAACAGAUAAGAGUAAGACCUUACUGUUAAAGAGUGAUCACUUUGAACUGAGUCCUAAGCAUGUAAUAUUUGAGUGCAAAAAGAAAAAAGAACAGAAAGAUAAAGAAUACAAGCCUCUUAAACAAGUUGACCUGAAUAAACCAUUACGGUUAGCUGCUUUUGUUGAUGAUGAAGUCAUUCAGAGGGCUAUAGAGGAAUUCUUUAAAAAGAUACCUAUCCCUAAGUGUAGGCAGAGGGAGAGGCCCAGAGUCAAAACGCCUCCCAAAGAAUACCCCAUAGAAUCCAAGAGCACACAGGAUUUGGACACAACUGUUCUCUCAAAGAGUCCAACGUCGUUUGAGAUGCCUCCUAGAAAAUUUGCCGGUUUCAGAAGUGAAACUGAACCUCCAUUAAAAUUGCUUCAAUUUCCUUUCGCCGACAACCACCCUAUUAGAGAUUUAGCAGAGUUCUACAAAGAUUUCUUUAAUGCUCCUCACUUGAAGUUAGCUGACGAAUUGGCUUCUAUUAAGAGCUCUGAUUCAGUUAAGGAAAAUGUUGAAAACAACGAUGAUUUAUCAAAAGACUUGGAACUGUAUGAGAGUUCCGUGCAAGAGUUUGACGAUCUUUUAGCUGAGAUGUGUCGUUCGGCAGAAUGGAGUGGGAACUAGGGAACAUUGGUGAUGGGAAAAGACUGAUAUUGAAUGGUUACUAUAAAGGUUUUAAUGUUAAGCCAGGUAUAAAGUACUUGAUGUGAAAAACAAGGUAGCAAAAAAUUAUGAGUGUAUAAGUUGCAGUCUGCUGUAAAAGUUGUAUGAAAUGCAAAUUCAAUUCAAGAACUACAUUUGUUUGCUAUAAACAUGAAAUAGAAAAAAAAAAGCGAAAAUAUCUAUUUUAUUCUGUUAAAUUUAAUUCACUUAAAAAUAUUGGCAAACUGCCCUGUUACACUUUUUAUAUUUUAGGAACCUUUGAAUUUCAUAUAAUGUAAUUUACUGGUAACUUUUUAUGUAAAUAAUGAAUUAUAUACUGGUUUACUGCUAUAGUUAAAUGUUAUUAUUAUAAUAUCAAUAUGUAAAUUAGAUUACAGUCAUUUUAUAGUACCUAAAUACUUGUCCAUAUUUUAAUUGCUGGCCAAUGUAAGUCCGUCAAAUGUUAUUUUUAUUCCUAGAACUUUUUCUAGCAAAAACAUGGGAUUUAGCAAGAUGAAAUAUCAACAUAACUGUUAUUGAUAAGCCAAGCAAGUCAAAAACAAAUAUAAAAGAAAGUUAUAAUGAGUUGUACCUAAAGCCUAUAGUUCAUACUACGUUACGUUAGUAAUUAGUCAAAUAGCAAGUAUUUUAGGUAACUAAAAUCGGUCAACUGACCAAAAAUCACUACAGACGAGCGGCGCGAGCGAGUGACAGUGAGAAGGCAGUGUUUUAAAAUGAAAGACUGGUUCGGACUACGUUAAUUUAGUCAAGUGGCGAGUAUUUUAAAUACUAAACGUGUCUGAACACUAAAAAUUUAGUCAAGUAGAUUAGUAAGAGUGGCGGGGCUUAAUCGCCAGAAAAAAUAGAAUACAAUGGAUCCACUCCACCAAAUCGCUGACUUAUCUACUCAUCUUAUUUUUUGGUGUUCAGACACGUAAUACUCGUCUGAAUUACUAAGGUAGUCCAAAAUUAUCGGUAUUUCAUGUGAAGAAUCCCUCUUUUUUGCUUUUAACCAUUUUUAACAUACUUAGUUGUCUGAUAUAUCAUUCGUUUUAUGUACAGUAGGUACAUAAAUUAGUGAAAUUUUGGCCUUGAAAAUCGCACCAAUAAUCGUCAUGGUGAAACUUAAGUAAAAUGUAUGCGAUUUUUAGUAAUAAAAAAUGCUUUUACCGGUGUUAUUACAACUUAUUUUUCUUUACUCUAAAACUUAAUGUACACAACACCUAAGAUAAGAUAGGACAGUUACCCAAGCAUUCUUUAGCUUUUUUGUGUGAUCCUCCUUGAGCCUUGGUGAGCUACAAUAGAAUUAUACAAUAUAACUUGGGGCAAAGUGGAUCUUAUAUACAGGUUGAUUUUUAAGUCGUGAAUAGUAACCACAUAUCCCGAUAAAGCAUCCUCAAAGUAACGAGGAACGCUAAUUUAAAUGACAGUUAAUUAGUUCCUUAAUUGUGACGUUCUCAAGCAAAAGGUACCACAUUGUCGCUUACCAUAAGGACGAAAUUUGCUCGUAUCUUUAUACGAAUAACCUAUCAGAGCGUCCUUAUGGCAAGCGACACUGUUGUACCUUUUCUGAAGAACGACACAAUUAUUUUUUUCGAUAAAAAAAAUAUCCCUAUUUAUCAAUAUUCAUCAUAGUCACCUUACUAGUCACGUGACGUAGUAUCAAUGUAAACAACGUAAUGUCGACUUAAAUGGUAUUCCGCCUCUCUAAUUGGUCUCAUUAGACAAAAUGUGAGAUGCAUAAACAAAAUGGACAAUUACAAUAUCAAUUAAAAAGCGGCCAAGUGCGCGUCGGACUCGCGCAUGAAGGGUUCCGUACCGUUUAAGACGUAUUAAAAAAAAUCUACUUACUAGAUCUUGUUCAACAUUUUACCACUUUGGAAAGUGUCUCUCGCGCAAACUAUUCAGUUUCGAAAAAAAUGAUAUUAGGAACCUAAAUAUCAUUUUUGAAGACCUAUCCAUAGAUACCCCACACGUAUGGGUUUGAUGAAAAAAAAUUUUUUUAAAUUUUAUGACGUAUUAAAAAAAAAAACUACUCACUAGAUCUCGUUCAAACCAAUUUUCGGUGGAAGUUUGCAUGGUAAUGUAUAUCAUAUAUUUUUUUAGAUUUUUCAUUCUGUUAUUUUAGAAGUUACAGGGGGGGGGGGACACACAUUUUUUCACUUUGGAAGUGUCUCUCGCGCAAACUAUUCAGUUUAGAAAAAAAUGAUAUUAGGAACCUAAAUAUCAUUUUUGAAGACCUAUCCAUAGAUACCCCACACGUAUGGGUUUGAUGAAAAAAAAUUUUUUUAAAUUUUAUGACGUAUUAAAAAAAAACUACUCACUAGAUCUCGUUCAAACCAAUUUUCGGUGGAAGUUUGCAUGGUAAUGUAUAUCAUAUAUUUUUUUUGAUUUUUCAUUCUGUUAUUUUAGAAGUUACGGGGGGGGGACACACUUUUUACCACUUUGGAAGUGUCUCUCGCGCAAACUAUUCAGUUUAGAAGAAAAUGAUAUUAGAAACCUCAAUAUCAUUUUUAAAGACCUAUCCAUAGAUACCCCACACGUAUGGGUUUGAUGAAAAAAGAUUUUUUGAGUUUCAGUUCUAAGUAUGGGGAACCCCCAAAAUUUAUUGUUUUUUUUCUAUUUUUGUGUAAACAUCAUAAUGCGGUUCAUAGAAUACAUCUACUUACCAAGUUUGAACAGUAUAGCUAUUAUAGUUUCGGAAAAAAGUGGCUGUGACAGAAUCGGACAGACAGACGGACAUGACGAAUCUAUAAGGGUUCCGUUUUUUGCCAUUUGGCUACGGAACCCUAAAAAUGAGAUGUGGGCCUGUACUGUAUUACUUGUUUUCGGUAUAUGUACAUACAUGAAAUAAACCAAUGCUAAUGUGAAAUGUAAUUAAUUUUGUACAAAUAGUUGAUUACAAUUUUAAUAGGUAUGUUAUUUUAAUUUAGAAUUCGUUCAUAAAAAAUGUAAACAUUUUACUCUUAUGCCUUAUUAAUAAAAUUCUAUUGAAAUAUC